AUGACGAUGGAGCUUGUGUUCAUACCAUCGCCGGGAAUCGGCCAUCUCAGGUCAACCGUCGAGUUAGCUAAAAAAAUAGUCAACGGAGCAGAACGUCUUUCCAUCACCUUUAUCAUCAUCCCACAAUCUUCCAGAGUCUCCACCAAUGAUUCCUCCCAAGUCUCCUCCCUCUUCACCCCGUCUCAAGACCGUCUCCGUUACGAAACCAUCUCCGUCCUAGAACACAAAAACCCCUAUCCUUUCCCAGUCCCACCUCAAGUCUUCAUCGAACACCAAAAGCCACAAGUGAGAGACACAGUCGCCAAAAUCCUCGUCCACUCGCAGCCGCUACUCGUCGGAUUCGUCGUCGACAUGUUCUGUAUCUCGAUGAUGGACGUAGCUAACGAGUUCGGAGUUCCGACUUAUUUAGCCUACACAUCGAACGCCACGUUCCUCGCGAUCACGCUUCAUAUCCAGAAGAUGUACGACGAGAAGAAGUACGACACGACCGAGUUGGAUGAAUCAGUCAACGAGCUGGAGUUUCCGUGUUUGACUCGUCCUUAUCCCGUUGCAUGUCUCCCACGUCUCUUCCUCUCGAAGAGGUGGAUACCUUUCUUUCUAGCUCAAGCGAGAAGCUUCCGUAAGAUGAAGGGUAUUUUGGUAAAUACCGUUGCUGACAUGGAGCCUCACGCUUUAAAAUUUUUAUUAUCACCUGAUGGUGAUCUCCCUCGAGUUUAUCCUAUAGGACCAGUGUUGCACCUCGAAAACGGUUGUGAAAAUGAGUCGGAGGUUUUGAGGUGGCUGGAUAAGCAACCGGAGAGAUCGGUGGUGUUUCUCUGUUUCGGUAGCUUGGGAGGUUUCAGUGAGGAACAAGCUAGAGAAAUCGCUGUUGCGUUGGAUCGAAGCGGUCACCGGUUUCUCUGGUCGCUCCGUCGCGCUUCGUCAAAUGUGCUGACGGAGGGGCUUGGAGACUAUACGAAUCUGGAGGAGGUUCUUCCGGAGGGGUUCUUGGAUCGGACGUUGGAUAGAGGGAAGGUGAUAGGGUGGGCUCCGCAAGUGGCGGUGUUAGCGAAGCCGGCGAUUGGUGGAUUCGUGACUCAUUGUGGAUGGAACUCGGUGCUUGAGAGUUUGUGGUUUGGUGUUCCGAUGGUGACGUGGCCGCUCUACUCGGAGCAGAAGGUGAAUGCGUUGGAGAUGGUUGAGGAGCUGGGAUUGGCGGUGGAGAUACGGAGGUUUAUUAAGGGAGAUUUGUUUGAGGGAGAGAUGGAGAUUGUUACGGCGGGGGAGCUAGAGAGAGCGAUUAGGAGUGUGAUGGAGGAAGAUAGUGACGUCAGGAACAGAGUGAAGGAGAUGGCUGGGAAGUGUCACGUGGCGUUAAUGGACGGUGGAUCGUCGAAAACGGCUUUGAGAAAAUUUAUUCAAGACGUGAUCGAUAAUGCGGUCGUCUAG